AGGAAGUCAGACAAGGAAACGCACAGAGCAUCCGGUCAAUUUCAAAAUAAAACACAAUAUACGGACUCACGAUCGUAUUUUUCAUCCCUUUAUCAACAUUACGUCAAAACAGGCACCGAACGAACACCAAAUCAUGUUGUUUGCACGUUUUUCUCUUUAUUCCCGCGGGAUCAUGUAGUUCUCCUGUGAUGUGACAUGGCUGCUCUCUGUUGCACUGACGUUCCAGAAACGGAUCCAGUGUGAAUGGGCGCGAACCGUCCGGAGCAAAACCGUUGCACUGAUGGACCAUGAUGCGCAUGGAGUAUGUGUGAAUUGGGGCUCUCCCAUUUCAACCCAUUCCUAUCUUCUAUGCAGCAUAAAGAAUAAAAAGGAGAGAUAUCCACAUUACACUGACAUAGAUCCAGAGCCAUCAUGCCGCGCUGCAAAGUUAACCUCAGCACCAUGAUUUUCCUGGUGAUCCUGCAGGGUGCAGCGGUGGUCCUCUUUUGUGGCUGGUACAUGGAGCUGAGUCCCUGCAGCCCUGCGCCUUCAAAUGGCAAAGUUCACGUUCUUCUGCUGUCGUCAUGGCGAUCAGGCUCAUCCUUCCUCGGUCAGGUGUUCAGCCAACACCCAUCAGUGUACUACCUCAUGGAGCCCGCUUGGCAUGUGUGGACCAGACUACAGAAACCGGGUGCACGGUUGCUUCGGAUGGCCGUAAGAGAUUUGUUACGCAGCGUCUUCCAGUGUGACCUCUCUGUGAUGGAGGCCUAUCUGCCAGAGAAUCACAAUGUGUCCACCUUGUUUAUGUGGUCUCACAGCCGAGCCCUGUGCUCGCCGCCGGCCUGUCCUCUCACGCCACGUACCGAGUUCAGCAACCAGACUUGGUGCAAGCAGGCGUGUGAUGCCCGGGGCCUCCAAUGGGCGCAGGACGCCUGUAGCACUUACAGCCACGUGGUGUUAAAAGAAGUGAGGUUCUUUGAGCUGGAAUCCCUCUACCCACUCUUGCAGGACCCAAGCCUGGAUCUCCGCAUCAUCCACCUGGUCCGAGACCCCCGUGCAGUUUUGAAGUCUAGAGAGGAGGCAGCCAAAGCCCUCAUGAGAGAUAAUGCUGUUGUGUUAGAGCAAAGAACCAUACCAGCAGCGGAGGUGCAGUAUCAAGUCAUGCGGGAGAUCUGCCGCAGCCAUGUGCGUAUCAACGAGAGAGCCAUCCUGAAGCCCCCCCCUUUUCUUGAAGGUCGCUACAAAAUGGUCCGCUACGAAGAUGUUGCCCGCAACCCACUCAAGGAGAUAAAUGCCAUUUAUGAGUUUGUUGGUCUGGAUAUGACUAAAGAGUUGGAGGAGUGGAUCUUUCGUGUGACACACGGAAAAGGCAAAGGCACCAAGAAAGAGGCUUUCAAAAUUACAUCAAGAAAUGCUGCUGAUGUCUCCCAGGCUUGGCGUAGCAUACUCCCGCACAACAAAGUCAAGCGAGUCCAGGAGGUGUGUAAAGGAGCCAUGUCACUGCUCGGGUACAGAACAGUUUACAGUGAGAAAGAACAGAAGAGCCUGGACAUAGACCUUCUCGUGCCACAAGAACCAUACCAGUUCAGCUGGCUGCCAACUAAAACAGAGCAUCCAGGAACCAGUUAAAAAAAGAAUGACAAAGACAUUAACACCAAGAGACGAUAUUAGAGGGAAGUCUUUGUUCUUAAAGAGUGUUGAGGGUCAUAGAAACAUGGGCGUAAAGUCAAAUUGAGUUGUGACAAAUAUGAGGCCUUACCUGACUCAGAUUUUCAUCAGUCAAAUCUGAUUCGCUGGUUUUUAUGAAACUUUUAAUAUUGUUUCCUUUUUUUAUUAGUCCAGAGCAACACUAAACUCCAGUAUCACCCCUCAGCACUCUCAUGUUUCUACCUGUUCUACCAGUUGACAUUAAUCUCAGUUUUCCUUAAGGGUCUGACUGCUGGAACUUCAAACAUUUCCAGCUGAGUUUAUGAGCUAAAGUUAGCAGCAGCUUAGAUUGCAGACCCUCAUAAUAUGAGAAAUGCAGAUUUUUAACUUGAAAUGGCUGUUUUUUUUUUUCUGGUCGUAAGCAGCGGGUUAGUUUGUUUUAGAGAGGAGAAUAAUUCAGAUGAUUCUGGUAAACAUUUGCUGGAGGAGCUGCGUGUGUAAAUGCAGACAUCCACACUUUUCACUCAGACUUUAUCUGGACUUUCUCCUGCCAGCCCCCUAGAUUUUUUUUCUUUAGAAAGUCUGAGUGCACUGAGCAUUGAUAAAGCAGGCUUGUAUAAGAACAUGAAUUUAACAGCACACAAUUAUGUCACGGUUUGUAAGUGAGGAACCCACAGUCCACAUUUGCAUGGCUGCACUUAGUUUGGUUGGAAACAGGAGGGAGUUUGAAGAUAAUUAGCUGCUUUGUGAUAACUCUGAAUGAUGUCAUGUCACAAAGAUAAACCUGUUAAAUAGCUUCCAAUUUUGUGUGCACAGUGGGAUGUGCCCACAUUCAAAACACAAAUGUAUUUGAACCAAACAUUCACGUCAAUUCACUUCAUUUUAUGCACCUUCCUUGUGUCACCUUAAGACCUGAUGCUUUUUUCAGAGAAGGAGCAGCCACUCUGAGGUCAGUGGAAUCACUGUCACAGGAUCUCUGUUAAUGUUAUGUUUGUUAAUGCUUCAUCUGGGAUGGUUGUGUAUAGGGUUGUGAUUGUGAUUGUUCAAGGAUGACACUACAGGUGCCUUGGUAGGACCCCAUCAGUGACUGUCCAAAUGAUCCUGAAGGCCUAGCAGGAUCAUCUAUUGUCCACAUGUGAGCAGGUCUUUGUGGUUUCUUCUACUCCACCCCACAUCUUGAAUACCCUCAACAAAACCAGAGCGCUUAGUCAAAGAGUGCAGCCUGCACAGGUGUGACCACAUGCUACGCUCUGUUUUACGGUGUCUUGAAUAUUGUGGGGUACUGUGACCAGAAACACAGUGGGGACACUCAGACAAAGAAGCAGGCACAUAAUGAGGCUACAUCUGAGCGGGUCAACAGGUCAUGCCAAACAAUACGCCUAAUAUGUGCUAAAUACCUGCCACAGCCUUAAGAUCCUACACACAAGAUAUGUGACGGUAUUCCACAGAGGAGUGGAACACCGGCUCUUUUGUGCUCAGGGCAGCAGAUAAAUGACAGUCAAUCUAAGUAAUAGAUCUUUUCCUUGUACGUUUGCCAAGACCCAGCCAAAAAAAAUGCUACUAAUCAAGCACAGCUGUGCCUUAAAUAGGAUACCUACCAUUACUAAAGGUGUGUGUUUUAUAUUUUCAACAUCGUCCGUCGUGUUGGGGACAUUCCACAUACAUGAUAUGGAUUAUGUCGAUGGGUUAAGAUAGUCUCAACACAAUAAAGACAAAUAAAUCAAGUAAAGUUGAGACUUUUAAAGAGCCAAAUUGAUUUAUUUUUAUUGUAAUAUUUUAGAUUCUUUGACUGAUUUAUGUUUCUCCAGCGAUUUAAUUAUACUUGUAUUCAUGGUACCUUUGGAGCUGUCUCAGCACUGUUCUGUUUUCUUUGUUUAACAUGAUGUGAUAAACUCCUUUGUUUACUCAGUGCAGUGCUUUCCCAUAGUUUUUCCCCAUCAAAACAUUUAAAAGACACGCUAAUUUGGUAUGCAUUCUUACAAAUUACGGUGAACUUAGUUUUUCGGUGUGAUUGAACUUUUCAUUUGUAUCUCGGACAGAUUAUGUAGUAUAUAGAACAGGGCACACCGCUGGAGGAUUUGCAUCUGGAUUAGCUCUGCAGGAAACUUAAAACAGGUCCUCACAUGGACAGGACCACAUACUCCGAGCAGCUGGCAUGAGGAGAACAGCACUACAGCAAAAGCAACAUGAACAAUGGGACUAAUAAUUUGACCAUUCAUAAAUAUAAUACAUGCACUAGGGGUCAUGAGUGUUAGGGUGUAAUAUAACCAGCUCAUAGUGAAGACUUGGCUGUUUUGUGCUUUUUUUAAAACACUGUUACACAGCAUUUCUGCACAGCUUAUUUUUUAGCUGAUUAGUGAACAGCUGAUGACACAGAGUGCAUUAAAAAUACAAACAUAAGACUGUCGCUAAGAGUAAGUAAAGCUGAAGAUGAGCAUCUGGUUCUGUUCUCUGUGUCUGCUGGAUACAUAUGGAGCCAGGGGGAACAGAGUGUUCACUGAGUACAUUGUGUUCUCUCAGUUGGUGUGUGUGAGUAUGUGUGUGUGGCCUUUUUUAAAAAAAGAGAGAGAAGCAGAAAUGUAUUACUGAUUCAAUGGUGGAUGGAGUGUUACAUAUGCAAGCUUUCAAAAAGUCGUCUCUGAUUUCAUGAGGUACAUGAACUAUGACCAUGUGUCCCUUUUGCAAUGUGAAAGAUUCUAUUUGUGUUCUGUCCUCUGUUUGCAUUUAUAUGAAGAGUUGGCCGUGCCAGUGCCUUACAGAGAGGGUACAGCUCACUGACCUGACUGUAUUUAUCUGAAAAUCUGAAAGAAACUACAUGGUACUAAUGGAAGCAAUAAAUAUUUACUUGUUA